AUGGCAAGCAAAACAACAAAGGGAAAAAUUAUCCUGCUAGUAAACGUAGCCGGGACUGUACAAAAUACAAAGUUCUAUGUCAUCGAAGGUGACAUGAGGUAUAACCCACUCAUCGGGAGACCAUGGAUACACAACAUGAGGGCAGCGCCUUCAACUCUUCACCAAAUAAUAAAGUUCCCAACAGAGGAAGGAGUGAAAACAGUUUAUGGAGAACAACAUGCUGCAAAGGAGAUGUUUGCAAUCGAGGAAGUGGUACCUAAUCUAGAGCCUUCAACCUCGGAAAAAUCGAGCAUUGAAGGUAAACAGGUGGCCAAAUAG